AUGUCUAUUGCUAAAAAAGAAAAAGCAGCUUCAACAAUUUUGUUAGGUAGGCCGAAAGGGACUCUAAAAAUGGGUCUAGUCGGGUUGCCUAACGUUGGAAAAUCAACAACGUUUAAUUUCUUAUCAAAGCUUUCAGUACCAGCAGAGAACUAUCCAUUUUGUACUCUCGAACCGAAUCUUGCUCGAAUAAGUGUUCCGGACGAAUAUUUUGACAAUCUCUGUAGGAUCUAUCAGCCUAAAAGUCAAGUCAGCGCAACUUUAUCUAUUAUGGAUAUCGCCGGAUUAGUAAAAGGAGCGCAUAAAGGUGAAGGACUUGGUAAUUCUUUUUUAUCCCACAUUCAGCAAGUAGACGGUAUUUUUCACGUAGUUCGAGCUUUUGAUGAAGACAAUAUUGUUCAUUCAGAAGGUGCUGUAAAUCCAGUUAACGAUCUCCAAAUUAUAUAUGAUGAGUUACGUUUGAAAGAUCUUGAUAGAUGUCAGAAGCUUUACGACGAUAUGAAAAAGCUUGUCGAUCGUGGCCAAAAUAAAAAUCUUGCGGGUCCAUUUGAAAUGUUACAGACUUUUCUCAACCACUUGAAAAACGGAAAUUGGAUUUCCAACAGGAUGAACUGGUCCCUAAAAGAAGUCGAAGCUUUAAAUGAUUAUUGUUUUUUGACAGCAAAACCAGUCAUCUACUUAGUCAAUAUGAAUAUUAAAGAUUAUCUUCGAAAAAAGAACAAGUAUUUGGUAAAGAUACAUGAAUGGGUAGAAAAAAAUAUGAGAGGACCAAUUAUUCCAUACAGUGCUGACUAUGAAAAAACAUUGAUUGACGAUCCUGCCAGUUUGCAGCAACAUGUUUCUGCAGUUCAAAAGAUUAUUUUAACUGGUUACUCAACUCUUCAGUUGAUUCAUUUUUACACUACUGGUAAGGACGAAGUAAAGUGCUGGACUAUCAGGGAAGGUACAAAAGCACCACAAGCUGCUGGAGUUAUUCAUACAGAUAUGGAAAAAGGAUUUAUUUGCGCAGAAGUAACAAGAUACGAUGAUUUAAUUGAACUUGGCUCAGAACAAGCAGUCAAAAAUGCUGGAAAAGUUGCAACCAAAGGUCGCGACUAUAUUGUGCAAAACCGAGAUAUUAUGUUUUUUAAAUUUAAUCCGAAUAGAUUAUUGAAUCUGAUUAGCAAUUUAAUAAAUUUAUAA